UCUAAAUCUAUUGGGACUGAAUCUGCUACAAAUAAGCCAAUUGACAAUCUGUUUAGCUUCCUUUCUGUAUCAAAAUCCUCUAUUGAUUCGAGCCAACCAGAUGCGCCUCUCAGUACCUGCAGCUACAGCACCAGCGCUACUACAUGUAUAACCCAGACAGGUCCUUCCAAGCCUCUUUUUCAAUUUCAAUUCUUCAACGACCGGUCAGCUUCCGUAAAAUCUCCUGGUGACAACACACUUUCAUUUGGUGUGCCAAACAGUGGAACCCAAAAGCAUCAAUUUAUGUUUUCCUUUCCCCCACAUAAACCCUCAACUAGCCCUCAUUUGCCUGAUGAAAGUCCUAACGUUAGUAUUCAGAAUGUAGCCUCCGUUGGAGGUGGAGAUGAAGACGAUUGCGAGGUGGUGCCUGUUGAUGAGGAUAGGCUUCACUUCAAGCCGAUUCUUGAUCAUCUACCUGAUUGCGUUGAGCCGUAUACGGGCGAGGAAGGUGAGACGGUCGUAUUUUCCGCACGCUCAAAGCUUUUCCGAUGGUCCGGAACUGGAGAAAAGACAUGGCGAGAGCGUGGAAUCGGGGAGCUAAAGCUUUUGCAUAGUGAAAAUUCAGACGGUUCCAUGCCUCAUACUCGCCUUAUAAUGCGGCGUGAUCAAGUCUUUAAAGUCUGUGCCAAUCACCGGAUAACAGGAGACAUGGAGCUCAGCCCGAUGUCUGCAGGUGCCGGUGCCGAAGGAAUCGGCACUAAAGCAUGGACCUGGCGUGCACUUGAUUUUUCAGAGCCAGCCAAUGUAGCAGAUAUUGAGUCUGAGAUGAACAAAAGUGUGAAUCCUAAUGAGGAGCCCACUGUGACGUCAAUCGGAAGACCGGAGCUCUUUGCCGUCCGAUUUAAGACCGUGGAGCUUGCAGAAGCAUUUAAAAUUGCCUUCGAGGCUGCCGUUCUUGCUGCUUCAGCAGACAACUUGACAAAAUACGGCGAAAAAUUAAAGAAAGGACAAACAUGGAAGGCCGAUGAUAUGAAUAAAGAGCAUGAGGAAGAGAAACAUAAGGAUAUUAUGAAACGAGAACACUUAGAAUCACCUACCUCUAAGGACUUACUCCAUCAGUCUGCACUGUCUACUUUACCAUCCUCUGAGCGUCUGGGUCAAUCGGAUAAAACUAACAAGCCUUCUUCAGCAGACUCUGCUCAACAUAAAUAUAGAAGCUUGGAUUUGGACAGCGAUGUUGAUGGUGAUGUCAUUUUUAUAUCUGUAAAACCAGAAGUAAGUUUGGCUUAA